GUGGGUCGCGGGCGCCCUUCCACGCUAGGCGGCCUCCCCGCCGCCACCGCCAUCACCGCCGGCCGCGGUCUUCUCCCUGCGAGGCUGGGGCGGAGCCGGGAGGCCGAGGGAGGGGAGCCCUCGCGAGGGCCGUGCCUACCGCCGCCGCCCGGGCGCUGAGGGUCGGUGCCAGAGAGUCAUGUCCAUGAGCUCUGGGUCCCUCCUGGUAUCCCAUGAGACUCAGCGCUCCUGCAUCCCAGGCCCACCCUGCUGAACUCCAGGGGCUCGCUGGCCCCACCCUCAGACUCCUCUGCGUAGCACCACCACCACCACCAGGACUCCAGUUCACCUGCAGCCCUGAGGAGCUGCCGCCACCCUGCCUCUGCCUGACUCAGUGACUCACUGCCUGCCUUACUUGGAGGACGCUGAGCUGGAGAGUGCUCCUUUCUGCGUGCUUGGAGUUCAGCACUGGAUGAGGACAGGGACUCCUCCAGCUCCUUCACCUUCUCUCCUUCACCUGCACCUCCAGGCCUACGGCUUUCGGAACAGUCCUGAGUCUCCAGCUUUCCCUGGGCUUAUUCAUCUACCUACUUCCCCAACAGUGGUCUAGGUUUCCAUCACUCACCUCUGGUCCACGGCUCGUGCUGGCACCCCACCGGAGGGAGGAUGUCGGUGCUGCGGCAGCUGGCCCUCCUGCUCUGGAAGAACUAUACUCUGAAGAAGCGGAAGGUUCUGGUGACAAUCCUGGAGCUCCUCCUGCCCCUGUUGUUUUCUGGGAUCCUGAUUUGGCUUCGCUUGAAGAUUCAGUCAGAAAAUGUGCCCAACGCUACUGUCUACCCCAGCCAGUCCAUCCAGCAGCUGCCUUUUUUCUUCACUUUAGCCCCAUCAGUGGGCACCUGGGAACUUGCCUAUGUCCCUUCCCACAGCGAAGCUGCCAGAACAGUCACUGAGACAGUGAAGAGGGCACUGCAGGUCAACAUAAGAGUACGAGGCUUUCCCUCUGAGAAGGACUUCGAGGACUACAUUCGGUAUGACAACCACUCCUCCAACGUGCUGGCCGCAGUGGUGUUUGAGCAUGUCUUCAACCACAGCAAGGACCCGCUGCCACUGGCGGUGAAAUACCACCUACGCUUCAGUUGUGCACGAAGAAAUUACAUAUGGACCCAAACAGGCAACUUUUUCCUGAAAGAAACAGAUGGCUGGCACACCAAUUCCCUUUUUCCACUUUUCCCAAACCCAGGACCAAGGGAACCCACAUCCCCUGAUGGUGGGGAACCUGGGUACAUUCGUGAAGGCUUCCUGGUGGUGCAGCAUGCUGUGGACAAAGCCAUCAUGCACUACCAUGCCAAUGCCUCCACACAGCAGCUCUUCCAGAAACUCACGGUGAAGGCAAAGAGGUUCCCUUUCCCACCAUUCAUCUCAGACCCCUUCCUUAUCGCCAUCCAGUACCAGCUUCCCCUGCUACUCAUGCUGAGCUUCACCUACACUUCCCUCACCAUCAUCCGGUCCGUGGUGCAGGAGAAAGAGAGAAAACUAAAGGAGUACAUGCACAUGAUGGGGCUCAGCAGCUGGCUGCACUGGACCGCAUGGCUCCUCAUGUUCUUCUUCUUCCUCCUCAUCGCAGUCUCCUUCAUGACCCUUCUCCUGUGCAUCAAGGUGAAAAAGGACAUAGCAGUGCUCUCAAGCAGUGACCCUUCUCUGGUGCUGGUCUUCCUACUGUGCUUUGCCAUCUCCUCCAUCUCCUUCAGCUUCAUGGUCAGCACCUUCUUCAAUAAAGCCAACAUCGCGGCGGCCGUGGGAGGCUUCCUCUACUUCUUCACCUAUAUCCCUUACUUCUUCGUGGCUCCACACUACAACUGGAUGACGUUGAGCCAGAAGCUCCUGUCGUGUCUUCUGUCCAAUGUUGCCAUGGCGAUGGGAGCCCAGCUCAUAGGAAAAUUUGAAGCCAAAGGCACAGGCAUCCAGUGGCGAGACCUCCUGAGUCCUGUCAACGUGGAUGAUGACUUCUGCUUCGGGCAAGUGCUGGGGAUGCUACUGCUGGACUCCGUGCUCUACGGCCUGGUGACCUGGUAUGUGGAGGCUGUCUUCCCUGGCCAGUUCGGUGUGCCGCAGCCCUGGUACUUCUUCCUCAUGCCCUCCUACUGGUGCGGGAGCCCAAGAACAGUGGUUGGAAAAGAGGAAGAGGACAGUGACCCUGAGAAAGCUCUCAGAACGGAGUACUUUGAAGCAGAGCCAGAAGACCUGGUAGCCGGGCUCAAGAUCAAGCAUCUGUCCAAGGUGUUCCGAGUGGGAAAUAAGGACAAGGCAGCUGUCAGAGACCUGAACUUGAACCUGUACGAGGGCCAGAUCACUGUCCUGCUGGGCCACAAUGGUGCAGGGAAGACUACCACCCUUUCUGUUCUCACAGGUCUCUAUCCUCCUACCAGUGGGCGUGUGUACAUCAGUGGAUAUGAAAUCUCCCAAGACAUGGCUCUGAUCCGGAAGAGCUUGGGCCUGUGCCCCCAGCAUGAUGUCCUGUUUGACAACCUGACAGUAGCAGAACAUCUCUACUUCUAUGCGCAGCUGAAAGGCCUGUCACCCCAAAAGUGUCCUGAAGAAGUGAAGCACAUGCUAUACGCCCUCAGUAUGGAGGACAAGCGGAGCUUGAGGUGCAAGUACCUGAGUGGAGGAAUGAAGCGCAAGCUCUCCAUCGGCAUUGCCCUCAUAGCGGGUUCCAAGUUGUUGAUUCUGGACGAGCCCACCUCGGGCAUGGACGCCAUCUCCAGGAGGGCCAUCUGGGACCUUCUUCAGCAGCAGAAGAGUGACCGCACCAUCCUGCUGACCACGCACUUCAUGGACGAGGCUGACCUGCUGGGGGACCGCAUCGCCAUCAUGGCAGAUGGGGAGCUGCAGUGCUGUGGGUCGUCUCUGUUCCUCAAGCAGAAAUAUGGUGCUGGCUACCAUAUGACCCUAGUGAAAGAACCACACUGUAAUCCUGAAGCCAUCUCCCAGCUGGUGCACCGCCAUGUCCCCAACGCCACACUGGAGAGCCAUGCUGGGGCUGAGCUGUCCUUUAUUCUUCCUAAGGAGAGCACACACAGAUUUGAAGGUCUUUUUGCCAAACUGGAGAAGAAGCAGAAGGAAUUGGGCAUUGCCAGCUUUGGGGCUUCAGUUACCACUAUGGAAGAGGUUUUCCUCCGGGUUGGCAAGCUAGUGGACACCAGCAUGGACAUCCAAGCCAUCCAGCUCCCUGCCCUGCAGUACCAACACGAGAGGCGGGCAAGCGACUGGGCGGUAGACAGCAACCUGUGUGGGAUGAUGGACCCCACGAAUGGCAUCGGUGGCCUCAUGGAGGAGGACCACACCAUGGUCAAGCUCAACACCGGGCUUCCCCUCCACUGCCAGCAGCUGGGGGCCAUGUUCCUGAAGAAGGCUGCGUACAGCUGGCGAGAGUGGAAGAUGCUGGCAGCCCAGGUCGUUGUCCCCCUGACCUGCAUCACCCUGGCCCUCCUGGCCAUCAGCUACUCCACCGAGCUCUUCGACGACCCGCUCCUGAGGCUGAGUCUGGGCGAGUACGGCAGAACCGUGGUGCCCUUCUCAGUCUCUAGCACCUCUCACUUGGAUCAGCAACUGUCGGAGCUCCUGAGAGACAUGCUACAGGCUGAGGGCCAGGAGCCCCGCGAGGUGCUGGGUGACCUGGAAGAGUUCCUGGUUUUCCGAGCCUCGGUGGAGGGAGGUGGUUUUAAUGAGCGGUGCCUGGUGGCGACGUCCUUCAGAGACGAGGGAGGACAGAUGGUGGUCACCGCCUUAUUCAACAACCAGGCGUACCACUCUCCAGCCACCGCCCUGGCCAUCGUGGACAACCUUCUGUUCAAGCUGCUGUGCGGCCCUCGCGCCUCCAUUGAGGUCUCCAACUAUCCCCAGCCCCGGAAUGCCCUGCAGGUUGCCAAGGACCAAUUCAGCGAGGGCCGGAAAGGAUUUGACAUCGCCCUCAACUUGCUCUUCGCCAUGGCAUUUCUGGCCAGCACGUUUUCUGUCCUAGCAGUCAGCGAGAGGGCCGUCCAGGCCAAGCACGUCCAGUUUGUGAGCGGCGCCCAUGUGGCGACUUUCUGGCUCUCUGCUCUGCUGUGGGACCUCCUCUCCUUCCUCCUCCCCGCCUUGCUGCUGCUGGUGGUGUUUCGAGCUUUUGACGUGCGUGCCUUCACACGGGACGGCCACAUGGCCGAUCUCCUGCUGCUGCUGCUCCUGUAUGGCUGGGCCAUCAUCCCCUUCAUGUACCUCAUGAGUUUCUUCUUCUCGAGCGCAUCCACAGCCUACACCAGGCUGACCAUAUUCAACAUCCUGUCGGGCAUCGUCACCUUCAUCGUGGUCACUAUCAUGCGCAUCCCAGCGGUAAAGUUGGAAGAACUUUCCAGAACCCUGGAUCAUGUGUUCCUGGUGCUACCCAACCACUGUUUGGGGAUGGCAGUCAGCAGCUUCUAUGAGAACUAUGAAACCCGCCAGUACUGCACCUCCUCAGAAGUUGCCUCCCACUACUGCAAGAAGUACAACAUCCAGUACCAGGAAAACUUCUACGCGUGGAACACGCCGGGGGUGGGCAGGUUUGUGACCUCCAUGGCUGCCUCGGGGUGUGCCUACCUCAGCCUGCUCUUCCUCAUCGAGACCAACCUGCUAUGGAGACUGAGGACCUUUAUCUGUGCCUUUCAGAGGAGGUGGACACUGGCAGAAUUGCAUAGCCGGACUUCAGUGCUUCCUGAAGACCAAGAUGUGGCAGAUGAGAGGAGCCGAGUCCUGGCCCCCAGCCUGGAAUCCCACACGCCCCUGAUCAUCAAGGAGAUUUCUAAGGUAUAUGACCAGCGGGCGCCGCUCCUCGCUGUGGACAGGAUCUCCCUUGCCGUUCAGAAGGGGGAGUGCUUUGGCCUUCUGGGUUUCAAUGGAGCUGGGAAGACUACCACAUUCAAAAUGCUCACAGGGGAGGAGACCAUCACCUCAGGGGACGCCUUUGUUGGAGGCUACAGCAUCAGCUCUGACAUCCAGCAGGUGCGGCAGCGGAUGGGCUACUGCCCCCAGUUUGAUGCCCUGCUGGACCACAUGACUGGCCGGGAGAUGCUGGUCAUGUAUGCACGGCUCCGGGGCAUUCCUGAGCGCCUCAUCGGCCCCUGUGUGGAGAACACACUGCGGGGCUUGCUCCUGGAGCCACAUGCUAACAAACUGGUCAGGACAUACAGCGGUGGCAACAAGCGAAAGCUGAGCACAGGCAUCGCCCUCAUUGGAGAGCCUGCAGUCAUCUUCCUGGAUGAGCCGUCCACUGGCAUGGACCCCGUGGCCAGACGCUUGCUGUGGGACACAGUGGCCCGGGCCCGGGAGUCUGGCAAGGCCAUUGUCAUCACCUCCCACAGCAUGGAGGAGUGUGAGGCGCUGUGCACCCGGCUGGCCAUCAUGGUGCAGGGCCAGUUCAAGUGUCUGGGCAGCCCGCAGCACCUCAAGAGCAAGUUUGGCAGCGGCUACUCCCUGCAGGCCAAGGUCCACAGCGAAGGGCAGCAGGAGGCUCUGGAGGAGUUCAAGGCGUUCGUGGACCUGACCUUCCCAGGCAGCGUCCUGGAAGAUGAGCACCAGGGUAUGGUCCAUUACCACCUACCGGGCCAAGACCUCAGCUGGGCAAAGGUUUUUGGUAUCCUGGAGAAAGCCAAGGAAAAGUACGGAGUGGAUGACUACUCAGUAAGCCAGAUCUCUCUGGAGCAGGUCUUCCUGAGCUUUGCCCACCUGCAGCCCCCGACUGUGGAGGAGGGGCGAUGAGGAGCCUCCUGCUGCCUACAGGGCACCUGGCAGGGCAGGAUGAGCCAGUGCACUCUGUGCAUCCUCUCCCUCCGAGUUUCUCUUUUCUUUUUAAUCACUCUUUUCUAUGAUGGACAUGAAAAAAAAAAUUUGAGGUGGAAAAGAAUCAUGCACAGAAUGGACCGAGUGUGUCAGUGUCCUGAUAUAGGAACAGCAUGUGGAUUUCCACCCCUGAAGGCAAACGCUCAGGAACUCAGGAACUCACACUCCCAGACCCGGAGCCUGAGCGGCAGUGUGUACUGCUGGCUGUGGUUCUGGGUGAAGAGCUGCCCCUGGUAGGUCUGCAUCGACCUGGAGGACUCGGCACCCUGUCCAUGUGUCCACCUGACACUACUCUCCUGGGGAGAGAAAAAGGAAGUCAGGCCUUUCAGGCUCUGUGAAUGGACAGAAAAGUUACGAUUACUAUCCAUGAUGGGAAGAAGUCAGCGUGACUCAGUGCUUAGUUUUCAGUGCAGCCCCAGAAGCACUUCCUUGGACUGAUGUUCAGCUACACCAGGCGGAGCUGACCCCAGGCCAGAGGUCAUCCCGAGACAUCGUCCAGAAGCAGCCAGCACAGGAAGAGGCAGUGGCUAGACGCAGAGCACAGGCCUUUCUUCCCAACUUUGCACCUUCAGGAGGUCACUUGUCACUGGACAGCCAGGGCCCAGAGGGCUCAGCAGCUGUCUCCUGCAGACUUAUAGACAUAUGGUGACUCUAACCAGAAAAUAAAGGUUGAGGGAACACGA